GUUGUUUGGAGUAUUAUUAAUAAAACAUUUUGUUCAUUUAAAGUCAAUACAAAGACUCAAAGAUUUUGUAGAAAUGAAUACAACUUGACAGGUUUUUGCAGCAGGGCUUCAUGCCCUCUGGCUAACAGUAGAUAUGCUACUGUACGAGAGGAGUCUGGUAUUAUUUACCUAUACAUGAGAACAGCUGAAAGAAUACACGAACCCAAGAAUCAGUGGGAAAAAGUAAAGUUGUCGAGGAAUUUUGAAAAAGCGAUUCACCAGAUAAAUGAAAAUUUGCUGUACUGGCCCGGGUUCAUAAAGUCCAAGUGUAAGCAGAGAUUUUUGAAAAUAACUCAAUAUUUAAUUCGUAUGAGAAAAUUGAAGCUGAGAAGACAGAAGAAGAUUGUGCCGCUGCAGAGGAAAAUUGAGAGGAGAGAAACUAGGCGAGAAGAAAAGGCGCUUAUUGCUGCUAAACUUGAGACUGCUAUUGAGAAGGAACUUAUGGAGAGACUUAAGAGUGGAAUGGAAGAGACAGAAAUGGAAAAGGAGCUUGAAGAAGAAUUGGAAGCUGAUGAUAUGGAGAUGGAAGAAAAUGGUGACUUGUUUGUUGAAGCAGACAGUGAUGACGACGAUGAUGAUGACGACAAUUACGACUAUGAAGAGGAGAGUGACGGAGAAUCGGGACAAGUAGAACAAGUAGAGCUUUCCGACGACUUUGAAUCCGACGCAAGUGAUAUCGAGGACGCAACUCUUCCCUCGACGAGUAAGAAGCCCAAAUUGUCCAAACAAAAGAAAGACAAGUCCAAGAAACCGAAACGACCACGUGUAGAAAUUGAAUAUGAAAUAGAAGAGGAGCCACGGCAAAGAUUACGCGCUUAA